AAAAUUCCCGUCUACUAAUCCCAUAGAUCAAAUUCAAAAUAGAAAUUAGACAAUUGCACCUUUUAUCAUCAUCUGCAACAGAGAAGAAGGGCCUUAGGCCUAUUCUAUAUUGAAUAUAACAAGUUACAAUAAUUAAAGAAUGCAAGAAUGACUAAAGACAAUGGCAGCAAUAAAAACAGAGCUAGCCCACAGAAAGUUGCCAAAAAGAAACUUGAAUUCAAACCUCUUCCACUCAAUGGUAAAACAAUUUAUCUAGAUAUAAAAGAUGUCCGACAGAGACGUAAAUUGGAAGAGACACUAAAACAUCUUGGGGCUCAAGUAGAGAAAUUUCUAAGUAAGGAAAUAAAUUAUGUGAUAUCCAGUAAUACAACUACAACCUUACCCAAUAAAAAAGAUGGAAAUAAUGACAGACCAGACAGUCCGUCAUUCCUGUCUACUCCGAGUCCCUUUAACUCGGGGCAGGGGGGAUCCCCUAAUUGUCUGGAAAGCAGUAAACAAAAAACUCAAACGCGAGCCCAGGCAAUGGUUAAACUUGCCCAGUCACAAACACAGACAACCCCUGUUCUUCAAAAUGCAGAGAAGUUUGGAAUUAAAGUUAUUCCUGUAGAUGCUGCUCUAAAAUGGGUGACUAGAGAAUCAAGUAAAUUACAGUCAAAUACUGAUACAAGUAAACAACAGGUUGUUAAGAAAACAACAACUGGUGUGAAAGUAAAAAGACUUCGACAACCACUUGUAAAGUUUGAAGCUGUCAAUCUGCAUUAUCGCCCAGUCCAACUAGAGUUUGAUAGUUGGCCCCAUUGUAACGUUGACACGCCUGCUGGUACCUGCCCAUUUGAUGGAAGUACAGUUGGUCGAGCGCAGAAAACGGAACCAGAAUACAGAGAUCGUGUUGUGGCGUCUCAACAAGGUGGAGAAAUUGAUAAAGAUUCAGUUGAAACCCCUAAAGACAAAACACAAAGUAAAGGGGGUCAGAAUGAAGGGAGCACAAGUAAAAUGGUGGGUAUGCAGAUUUUAACGGCUGGUGAUUUACGACGUCGUCAGGAGAGGAAGAAACAAGUGGAGAAAAAACGUGGUUAUUGUGAAUGUUGUUUGAUCAAAUACAACGAUAUCGAUAAGCACCUUCGUGAUGAAGAUCAUCGUAAAUUUGCUCGAGAUAAAAAUAAUUUUAUUAAACUUGAUCAGAUUAUUAAAACCGUCAACAGUCCAGCUAGAUUCCUGAAAAAAGUUCUACACGAACAUUGUAUGAGAAAAUCUGUUAAUAAUAAAAAAAGUGAAUCCGUUGUAAGUGGUGGUGAUGAUGUAAACAACACGAAUGAAACCACGCCACAGAAACACGAUAAACAGAUCAAAGAAUCAGAACCCAAACAAUCGCAACCGAUUCCUUGUGAAGACGAGGCGGAUACUAAAGAGAACAUUUUACGUCGGCGUAUCGUGACAUCCCGUCGUCUCUCUAGUAGUUUUAGCAGCGUGCGGGCCAGUGUAGAAAAAGAUGCGGACAACAAUAAACAUGCGGUAGUUCCUGGUGUUUCCUCGCCACGUCCUAGUGUCCAGAAAACUAAACCGGUUGUCUCCCCUUGUUCCGUCAUCGUAAAGAGUUUAAAAAAUUGGCCGCAUAAAACAAAGACAGGUGUACAACCGGCCGCGAAAGUUAAACAAAAAUUAAUUAUUAAAAAUAUGGCAAUCGGAAGUUUACAAGUUGCGUCAACAAGUCCUGAUAAAAUAUUACGAGGAGGAGAUCGCGCAGCAAAAAAACAACCAAAAGACAACGACAGUGAAAGCGGAAUUUCUAAAAGUGUUUAUUUUUCGUCAGAUUAUUCAGAUUCCAGUGAUACAUUAUCGGAUUCAAAUACAAGUUCCAACGAAAUAAUUUUUAAUAAGCGAGUGCGUGAAUCAAAAGUAAUGAACAAUGAAACCGAAAGUACGAAAUGCGAAAUUAAUCCUGUUCGUCAACUACGCACACGUAAAAAAGAUAAUUCAAACAAUUUUUAUUUCAACAAAGUGAAAUUAGCUAAAAGACAACUGACACAGAAAACAAAGAGAGCCAACGACAAAAUGAAUUGUCUCAAUAAAUUAUGUAAAAUAAAAACAAACAAUAAGGAACAUUCACGAAAAAGUCUUUCGCAACCAAAAGUUCGAUCAAAAACUAAACAAAGUUCUUCUCAACCAACAGUUCAAUCAAAAAGCAAAUCUCACUUGAUACCCUGCAAAACAAGUCUUUCUUCCCCCAUCUUGAAACAACUGACAGCAGACGCUCCAAUCACAAGUCUUCCCAUCAAUAUGGGUGAAAAAUGUCUAUCUUUUGCAAAACACAGCGGGCGAAAAUCGCGGAAUUCUAUGGAAGUUCAGUUGCAUGAUAUGAUGAUAUUUAAUUCUUUGACGGAAAUUUGGGGAAAGAAGAAGCUUUCAAUACACAAGAAAAAGGAAUCUAGCAUAUCUCCGGGAUCUUGUACAGAAAAAACACAGUCUGAAUCCAACACAUCCAUUUUAAAUGAUGGAUCUAAUUCUGCGAAAACAGAAUCCGAGAAAAAUCACGGAAGCAUUAAAAUAAAGAAAAAUCGAAAAUCUAAGAAUAAUCAUAAUGUUGGCUAUGUAGAAGGGCAGUCAUGUCAUAAUGUUAAAGAUAAUCGCCUAUCGUCGCGGAAACACAGAUCUACCGAGCAGACAGAAACAUGCCUGUCGUUACAAACAGACACGUCUACGUCCCCUCAAAAAGAUUUUGAUUCUUCUAGUCAAACAACUUCUGACGUUUCUAAUUCAGGUUUAACUAAAGUUAACAAGAAAAGAAAGCAUAAAGCUCUUCUGAUUGCAGACGGUGGUGAAAAUAAACAAUCAAACAUCAGUUCUCAGGAGAGUCAAGUUUACAGUGGUAUUGUGAGAAAUGCCAGAAACUCGAAUGAAUUUAUACUUAAAAAACUAAAAGUUACAAUUGAACCACUUCCGUCUUGCUCGUCGUUCAACAUUUCAUCAAGACCAUCUGGCACUCGGCAACAGUCCAGAUCUAGUUCACCAUAUAAAUCGGUACAAUCUGGAUCCCUGCUCACGUCUGCUACCUGUUCAUCAAAUAAAUCUGUAUUCCUGCAGCCACCUGUUUCUUAUUCACCAAAUAAAUCUAGAUCCCAACUGCUAUCUGCUACUUGUUCACCAAAUAAAUCGAAGAAAAUAAUUGACGAUUGUGAAAGUCAGUCACCUGUUUUUAAAAAAUCACCUGUUUUUCGACCAGAUCCAAAAAAAUCACAGCCUUCAAGAACCUGUAGAAAUAUUACUCCAGCAAAACCUGUUAUUUUUAACAAAGAGGAAAUGAUCAGUCCCAAAAGUGGAAUAUCGAGUACACCAAGGCGUCGUGUCAGGCGACAGCGCAAAUCACAAAUACAAAAUUUCAAUCAUCAGACUCCCUCAAAAUCUGAAAAGUCAAAUGUUUUAGUCGUACCUACGUCCACAACAAUACAGAACACAACAAAAAAUACUUGCAGAUCAUUAGAAACUCAACUUCAUGAAAUUGAAAAAAGUUCCGUAAUAAGUUCAGCGGAUAAAGUUCUGGCCCAGACUUUAUCGCACAAUAGUAAAAUCGCAACAGACAAUUACAACAAAGACGAUGAUGUUAUAAUUCAUCCAUCAAAAUCAGAGGACUCCAACAUAAGAGAUAUCUUGAAUAUUACAGACGAAUGUUGCAAAACCACGACAACGAAAAAACGUGUGAAAUUGAAUCACAGUUGGCGUGUAUUAAGUGACAGAAGUGUUUCUAAAUUACUCGAGAGUGAACGGGACCCGGCCCCUUUUCUAGGAUUUGAAAAAAAGGACACCGAAUCGUGUCCAAUGUCUGGAUUGUCUUACGAAGAACAAUCAGAAGUGGAUUUAGAUGACUCGUUAUCGAGUGAAUGGAUCAUCAGAAGUACUGCGAGUGAUGUUACCGAUUUCGAUGAUUUAAUGCCAGACGCGUAUUCAUCCCCAAAUAAACGUUCUAACUCCUCGUGGUUCGAUGCCUGUGAGGAAUUUUUGGUCGUAAAAUUAUCAAGUACUCCAUCGGCAUCCACAGGGCAACGUGUUCACAAGAAAAAACUAAAACGAAUUGGUGUGGAAAAUAACAAAUCAAAAUCUCAGAGAAAUCAAAAUGCAUCUUGUGUAUCAGAAACAUCGACAUUACGGAGCAAAAUAUACAAACCGUCUGACAAUGUGUUGCAGUCGAUCGAUGAAGACAACGAAACAUUUCAGUUCUAUAGCCCAAAGCGAAAAAAACGAUGUCAGAAUGAAAUGGAACAAAUGGUGGACGAAGAUAUCGUAUUUAAUUUUAACAGUCCGCAAAAAAACAAUCAGAAACAUAGUUCCAGUUGUGAUAAUAGUUCGUCAUCCCCACCAAGUGAUCAACCGAAAACAAAAAACCUUCGUCAAACUCCUGUGAAAUCACGCCCCUCUAAAAACUCUUUUCGAAGUCCUGUAAAAUCUCCGCUUUUUAAAAACUUUAGACAAAGUGAUAAUAGUUUGUCUUCCCCACCAAGUGAUCAACCGAAAACAAAAAACUUUCGUCAAACUCCUGUGAAAUCACGCCCCUCUAAAAACUCUUAUCGAAGUCCUGUUAAAUCUCCGCCUUUUAAAAACUCUCGACAAAGUCCAGUGAAGUCUUCGCCCGCUACAAAAUAUAAAUUACUAAAGAAUGUUGCAGACGUGAAAGCGAAAUUUAACAUGAACUACUUUAAAAAAGACAGUCGUGCUGUGAAGUCACCUGAACACCACUCGAAGAAACAAUCACACCUGCGGAAAUUAAUGAGAUUAAAAGACAAGGCUCAAGUUGUUGUCGUCCCCGCCCCACCCAAAAAGUCCAGUUCUUAAUAAGAUAUUGUGUUAAAUUCUCUUCUUACAGAGUUUCAAUGGAUCUGUUAAAUUAAACCAGCUAAUAGGCCUAUUUUCUAUUUACAUAUUUUUGUCCACGAAAAAGUUGGUCUAAUAGACCCUGGGCUCAAUGCAGGAAGGUGUCCAUCAAAUGGGGACGAAACCAGACCCAACUUUUCUAUAGUAAAAUUUUGUGUAGAAUACUUUUCCGGAUGGAAAUCAGUCCGGCGUUGGGACGUUUUCGAGAUAUCCAGGGUCAAAUGAGGUCAUUUGCACUUCGAAUUUACUAUAGAAAAGUAGAGUCUAGUUUUGUGCCCAUUAGGUCAGUACCCGGAAUUUUUUACAUUCUUUGAAACUUGGUGAUCUUUAACCAUGAUGAUUGGACCCAUCUACAUCUUAUUCUGUCAUUCAAAUUCUAUUUCUGGGGGGUUGGAUGGCUGAAUGGUUAGUGUGCGCGCGCUGUAUCAUAAAGUCUGUCAUUGAGUCGACUGGUGUGGUUUCGAAUCCCCGGUUGUACGUGGCAAGGAGUCUGGUCGUCUGUCCAACCUCGUGGGUUUUCUCCGGGUCCUCCGGUUUCCUCCCAAUGCUACAGACCCCUACGCGCAAGCUAAUUAUUGAAAUAAAAUUAAACCAUAUGUUAGUCCGGAAAUGACCUAGUUUGUGUCGAGUGGACGUUAAACCCCAUUUCUCUCUCUCUCUCUCUCAAAUUCUAUUUCAUUAAUUUGGAAAUGAUGAAAAUUUGGACGUUUUUCUAGGUGUGUACUUUCAGACAUAAAAAAACCCUAUGAAUUUUUCGUAGGAGGCAAACGCUGAUCAAAUUCCAUUAGCGUUAACCUGUGGACAUAAAAUACUAAAACUGAUUUAAGAUUUAGUUCAUCAAGAAAUCAGUUUGUCUAAUAAAUUGCGUUGUUUAAAAUCGUUUUUAUCUCGAUCAUGCUUUUUUUUCGCACAAUAUUUGAUAAUUUUCAAUUGAUGAUAUCUUUGUAAAUACUGAACAAAAUUGAAUCAUUCUUGGACUGAUGACACCAAACUUUCAAAAUAUUGAAGCUGGUAAGAAAUCAAAAGUCCCUCAAAUGAUACUCAAUGGCUUUAAAGCAUCCCAUACACUUCAAUUUUAUCGUCAAUAAAUUGAUAUCAAUUAAUUGACAAAAAAAUUGAACGUGUAUGGAGGACAUUGACGGCGAAUUAAUUGAAACAAUUUAAUUGAAUUAAUUAAUUGACAGAUCAAAGUUCCUUUGACAUUUAUUGAUGGCUCGUCAAUUAAAUAGACUGUGUGUGCUAGUGUUAUCGAUCAGAAUGAAAAUUGACGCUAAAACAUUGACCGUGUGUGGGCAAGGUCAAUUUCGCCAAUUAAUUGAUAUCAAUUAAUUGCCAUCAAGUAAUUGACUGAAAAAUUCAACGUGUAUGGGGCACUUAAUAAUUGUUUAAAUUUAUUGGAAUAAAAUAGAAUUAUCAAUGAACGAAUAAUUUAUUUAUAUAGUUAGAUAGAAUUCUGUAAUUAAUAUAAUUUUUAAUAAUUUAUGCCAAUACUUUUGUAUUCUCCGGUUACAAAACAUUUCGUUUUCAAAUUUAAAAAAUUUAAUAUUACUUGAAAGAAUGAAAUGUCAAUCUGAGUAAAACACAGAUCCUAUUUCGUUUCGUUUUUAUAGUUCAAAAUUUUGUAUUAUUUGUCUUCUCAACACUAGGAUCUGGAAGAGUUGUUAUAUAAGCCUGUUGUGGUUAAUGUGAGGGAUUAGCCAAUGAAACCCUCUGUUACGGCGAGUUCUUGGAGUUCAAUGCACAUAACUAUGGGUAAACGACUAGAAACGUCAACGCUGGUUGAUUAAUCAAUGUCUGUCGUAAUAGAGUCAAAAGUCGCUCAUAUGACCUCUGACGCGACCUCCCACUACAACUGCUUAGAUCUUCAUGUAGUAUAGACCAUCAAAAAUAUAAAAAAAAACGAAACGAAAUACAGAUUUGUAUUUUAAUGAGAUUGGAUCAGAUACAAAAUGAGUUCAAUCUCAACAUUGACUGUGAAGCAAAAAUUUUAAACAAAGAAAAGAUAUUAAAUCACCACACAAGAAAAAUCAGUUAUCAGAUCAAAUCCAUACCCUUUAUUUUGUGGAAAUAAGAGAUUGUGAAUUCUUUAUGGUCAAGGGUAAUGAAUUGCAUAAAUUUGGUACAGUGUUAUGUGAAAAUGAAAGAGUUUAUAUCGUUUUAAUGUGUUAUAUGAAAUUGUUACUGUAUUUAAGGUAUUAAGUUGAGUCUGGUUAUAAGGCACUGGUCACAAGACACAAGUCUUUAUUAUAGUUUAUACUGUAUACGUUGUGUAAUAAUUUGUCUCGAUCUGAUUAAAACAGACUAUUCCGUUUCUUUUUUUAUAGUUCAAAAUUUCAUUUUAUAUUUGUCUGUACUACACUUAGGAUCUGGAAGAGUUGUUAUAUGACAUGACGGAUUAGCCAAUGAAACCAUCUGUUACAGCGACUUCUUGGUGUGCCAUGCACGGAACUGUGGGUAAACCACUAGAAACACUGAUUGAUUAAUGAAUGUCUGACGUGAUAGGGUCAAAAGCUACUCUUACGACCCGUGACCCAAUCUUCCAGUUCAACUGGUCAGUUCUUCAUGUAGCGUAGGCCAUCGAAAGUAUAUAUAUAUAUUUCGUAUUUUUUAUAUAUAUAUAUAUAUAAAAAAUACGAAACGAAAUUUAGACCUGUGUUUUAAUCAGAUUGAAUUUGUCCUUGACAUCAUAGUCUGUGAGGGAUGCCCUAUGUCCAGGCUUGUAUGUGGACCUGUGUAAGUUACUGUAUACAUGAAGUAUUAAGAUAUAUUGACCUGUGUAUUAUAAUGAUAUAUCAUGUUUGUUGUCAAAUGUGACAGGUGCCCUGUCCAGGCAUGUAUGUGGACCUAUGUAAGUUACUGUAUACAUGAAGUAUUAAGAUAUAUCUACCUGUGUAUUAUAAUGAUAUAUCAUGUUUGUUGUCAACUGUAUAUUAUAAUUUAAUAUAUAUACCAGUAAUUCUCUAUAAAAUAAAAGACAUA